AAACAUCCGGCAAGGUGGGGAGGGGCCGGAAGUGGAAGAAGGAGGCGGCUAAGGCGGUUCGAGAGGUUGAGCGCUCGUAGUGGGUGCCAGUGGGUGCUAUGGGCUGGGGCGAGGCGCGCUGAGGGGCACGCGGGGUGCUGAAGGGGACGUGGGGUUGGGCUAUGGCCGGCGCUCGGGCUGCCGCCGCCGCCUCGGCAGGGUCCUCGGCCUCUUCUGGCAACCCGCCGCCUCAGGAGCCAGGACUCGGGGAGCUGCUGGAAGAGUUCUCCCGAACUCAGUACCGGGCCAAGGAUGGGAGCGGAACGGGGGGCACCAAGGUUGAGCGCAUUGAGAAGAGGUGUCUGGAGCUGUUUGGUCGAGAUUACUGCUACAGCGUGAUCCAAAACGUGAAUGGGGAGAUCUGUGGCCACUACCCCCGGCACAUCGUGUUCCUGGAGUAUGAGAGUUCCGAGAAGGAGAAAGACACAUUUGAGAGCACUGUGCAGGUGGGCAAAUUGCAAGACCUCAUCAACCGCAGCAAAAUGGCCAGAUGCAGAGGACGCUUUGUAUGUCCUGUAAUCCUAUUCAAGGGCAAGCACAUAUGCAGGUCGGCCACGCUGGCAGGAUGGGGGGAGCUGUAUGGACGCACUGGCUACAACUACAUUUUCUCAGGGGGUGCAGAUGACGCGUGGGCAGACGCCGAGGACAUCACAGAGGAGGACUGCGCUCUCCGAAGUAAUGACACACAUCUUUUUGAUAAGGUCAGAGGCUAUGACAUCAAGCUGCUUCGGUACCUGUCAGUCAAAUACAUCUGUGACCUGAUGGUGGAGAACAAGAAGGUGAAGUUUGGCAUGAAUGUAACCUCCUCUGAGAAGGUGGACAAAGCCCAGCGCUAUGCCGACUUCACUCUCCUCUCCAUCCCAUAUCCAGGCUGUGAAUUUUUCAAGGAAUAUAAGGAUCGGGAUUACAUGGCCGAAGGUCUCAUUUUUAACUGGAAGCAGGACUACGUCGAUGCCCCGUUGAGCAUUCCCGACUCCCUGACCCACUCUCUGAACAUUAACUGGAGCCAGUAUCAGAGUUGGGACCUGGUGCAACAAACACAAAACUACCUGAAACUGCUGCUUUCCAUAGUGAACAGUGACGACGACAGCGGGCUGCUGGUGCACUGUAUCUCAGGCUGGGACCGGACCCCACUCUUCAUCUCUCUCCUGCGCCUUUCCUUAUGGGCUGAUGGGCUGAUCCACACAUCCCUGAAGCCUGCUGAGAUUCUCUACCUGACAGUGGCCUAUGACUGGUUCCUCUUUGGACACAUGUUGGUAGAUCGGCUCAGCAAAGGAGAGGAGAUAUUCUUCUUCUGCUUCAAUUUUUUGAAGCAUAUCACCUCCGAGGAGUUCUGUGCUCUGAAAACACACAGGAGGAAGAGUUUGCCAGCCCGGGAUGCAGGACUCACCUUGGAAGAUAUCUGCAUGCUGAGGCGGAGGGACCGUGGCAGCACCACCAGCCUUGGCAGCGACUUCUCCCUGGUCAUGGAGAGCUCUCCAGGAGCAGUUGGGAGCUUCACCUAUGAGGCCGUGGAGCUGGUCCCUGCAGGAGUACAGACUCAGGCCACUUGGAGGAAGAGUCACUCAUCGUCGCCACAGAGUGUGCUCUGCAGCCGGCCACAACCCUUGGAAGACCGUCUACCUGCCCAUCCGGGACUGGGCGAGGCCAAGUCUUCAAGCUCCUCAUCCUCAAACCAUUCUGACUUUUUCAGGCUGGGUAGCAGUCCCCUGGAGGUCCCUAAACCCAGGCUGGCCACUCUGAGUGAUCGGGAGACCCGGCUGCAGGAAGUGCGGUCAGCCUUCUUGGCUGCUUAUAGCAGCACAGUGGGGCUUCGGGCUGCUGCCCCCAGUCCCUCCGGUGCCAUCGGGGGCCUGCUGGAACAGUUCGCUCGUGGUGUCGGACUUCGGGGCACCAGCAGCAGCACCUUGUGA